CCAACAAGGCUACAAGCCUAGCCACGAAGGGUUGCCGGGUGAGUGACGGGCUGUAGGGCGCCCAAGCCCUCCACCGGGUGGGCCUGGGGCGCUCCCGGGGCACCAGCUUCGCGCUCGGCGGCUUCGCGCCUCCGCCGCCCUCUCCGGGAAGCGUGGGUCUGGUGAGCCCCCCCGUCUCAAAGGCUAACUUCGUCACUGCCUAAAUGCGCUGCCGCGCGUACCAAGCCGGCCCGAGCCGGGCAGGGCGGCCCCUCAGCCCCGCUCCACAUUGUGCGUUAGCCCACAGAACAGGGAAGCGGAAGCCCUGCUGUCUCAACUCCAGUCUCCCAAGGCCGGAAGCCGCUGCCUUAGGAGGACGCGCGCACUGCCCUGGUCAGACGACAGGUCUGCGAGCAAGCAACACGCACCCACAGGGAUCCAAAACUCCUGAGAUCCAGAAGGGCUCAGACGACCAGCGAGAGGCGCGGAAGGAUAGAGGGAACCCAGUUCGCAGAGGCGGGGCUGCGGCAGGCCGAGCGAAGAGCGUACGCGCAUGCGAGGCGGCGCAGGGGACUGGAGAAGCCCGAGCGCGUACGUGGGGCGGGGCCGCGACUGGCCAAGCGCUGAAUGCGUGCGCGCGCGGCGGCCGACUACACAGGCCAGAAUGGCGCCGCCUCAGCUUUUUCGGGUCCUACGCUGCUGCAGCUGCCGCCUCUUCCAAGCGCACCAGGCUUAUGGUGAAGGUUCUGGUGCUGACUGUAGACGGCAUGUCCAAAAAUUAAAUCUGCUACAGGGACAAGUUUCAGAGUUGCCACUCAGGUCUCUAGAAGAAACUGUCAGUGCCAGUGAAGAAGAAAACAUGGGCCAUCAGCAGGCUGGGAAUGUGAAGCAGCAGGAAAAAUCACAUCCCUCAGGGAGUCGCUGGCUGAAGUAUCUAGAAAAGGACUCCCAAGAACUGAAGCUGGAAGGAGGAGGAGUGUGCUUCAGCAAACAGCCUUCAUCCAAAAUUGAGGAGCCAGGCCCCCACUUCAGUCAAGACCUGCCUAGAAAAAGGAAGUGGAGCCAGAGCACCAUCCAGCCUCCAUGCAGCCUUGGCAUCCAGGACUCCGAUGGCUCUGAGGUCGCCUGGGAACCCCAGAAGGGACAGGCUGGCCUGACAUGGAAGGUGAAACAAGGCGGCAGCCCGUGCCUCCGGGAGAACAAUGCAGAGUGCAGCAUCAGGGAGCUGAGGGGUCCUGGGCAGGUUACAGCUACAUCCUCUAAAUGGGCACAAUUUGUCCUGUCACCUAGAAACAGUUCACAUGUGGACAGAGAGCAGCCAAGGCCUCUGCAGAGGAACCACAGGCCAGCUGGGCCAGCACAGGCUAAGCAAGGGGCCCCCAUAGCACAGACUUCAAGGGAAGGCCUCAGUAGGCCCACAGCUGCUGCCCAGCUUCCUCAAGCCACACACACCCUCACAUCUGGGCCUGAGAGGCCCUGCAGGAAGACCUCAGGGGACACAAGGACUUGUCAGGCAGAGGGUGGGCCCUUGGUCCAAGAGGCACAGAAUCCCCAACCCACACAACUAUGUGACCUCUUUACAACCGGGGAAGACUUUGAUGAUGAUCUGUGAUCUGAGACUGGCAGGUUAUUAAUUGAGAUACACUUGUUAGGAGGGACAGGGUUCCCCUAAGGCGCUUUUAAACAUACUGUGUAAGAAUCACCAACAAUAAAGUUACUGUCAAACAGAUAA